AUGUCAAGUUUUGAAGUAUAUAGACAUGUACCUAAAAAUAUAUCCAGAAAAAUUGAGUACAUAGAUUACUCUCAAAUGUGUUGCGGUCCAAUAAAUGAAGAAGGUUAUACAGCUGAUCAAUCGACAGUAUCUUUGUCCCCUGAAAUGUUCCAUGAAAAACUUGAUGAACUAAAUUUCAGCAAUGUUUCAACAUUGUCUGAAGAUCUACCAGAUGGACACAAAACUUCGUUGAAUUUAACAGGCUCACCUUUAUACCAGAGCAGAUUAUUUGAAGAAACCGAUAGAAAUAGUAUGAUUCAAGAUAAUGAGUUGAACAUGGCUAAAAUAGUGUCACCUAAAAAGCGUACUGACACGUUCAGUCAAGGUGCUAUGGAUGAUUCGUACUUUUAUAAAAAAAGGCAAGGGUUAGCGAAUAAAAGUUUGCCUAAUCCAAGGAGCGAUAAAAACGGUGCAAGGUACAAGUUGAAUUUAACACUGUCCGCAGAAAAAUUAGGAAACACUCCACAAAUUAUUGCUGAAAGUGAUGCAAAUAAUGUAACAACCGUUAGUGUUAAUUCCUACAACAGCAUCGAUGAUUAUGAUAUUCUUUACUCCAAAAAACCUGAACCUAACAAUAACACUGUAGAAAUCACAACCACGCCUGAAAACAUGUGCCAUGUUACCUGUGCAAAUAAAAAAUCACAAGAAACUGAAAUCGCUGAUGCAGCAUUUUCAACACCAGCAAAUGCUAAAAAAUGUUAUAACAAUGAAACUUACGAAUUGCAACUGCCGAGCAGUUCAAAACCGUAUGCUGGAACAUACGAUCAAAAUGUUGGUGGAAAAUUAAGCGAUGAAAUCACCUUACCAUCCAGUGAUAGUGAUUUGGCUCCAAGUUGUACUUCAACACCAAAAUGGUAUAAACCAUCUGAAGUGAAGCAAUUGACCCCAGUUAGUCACAGAAAAAUUGCAGUGCAUAGGCGAGUAAAUUUACUUGCUGGAUUCAAUGCUGCACCAGAAGACAGUGAUAAGGAAAACAGUCCUAAAAAUGAGGAUGAGAAUAAAGUCGGUAUUAAAAUUGUGGAUGGCAAGGUGUGGGUGAAAUCCAAAAGCACUAAUUGUGAAAAAGAUAUGGUACCCAGUAGUACAGGUUCUAGGUCAAACACACCGGACAGAUCAGGUCCUAAAGAUAUCUUCGAAGAAGAAAGACCAGGAGACGUCACGCCAAAAUUUAACAAAGAAGCUGAUAAAAAUAUUUUUGAAGAAACACGAACUCCAAAAAUCAAAAAAGAUAAAAAUCUCCUCACCAAAAUUUUUGGAAAAAAGACAACACCAGCAAACGCUAUACAAAACAAUACAAACGCACUAAAAGUGUGUGAAGACCUCAAUUUACCAAAAAGUAACAAUUCUAAAAUACAACAAGAAGUAAUACCUCAACCUCGGAAAUCUUUACAAAGACCAGAAAGCGUUAAAAGCUGGUUGAGGGAAUUAGCUGACACUUGCGAACCAGAAGCAAUGACGGCUCUGCAAAAUAAGGCUAUUCGUGGAAGUGCCAAUUUUAAGUCAAAUUUGAAAGCUGAAUCUGUCAAUAAAGAUGUUGAAAGUGUACUUAGUAAUGUGAAUGCUGUGAGGAGAAUAGCUGAGCAUGCUGCAGGAGUUUUGGAGGAACUGGAAAACGUACAAAGGUGCAUCAUUGGAAACAAGCCAGAACUCAGUGGUCCAUUAUUGCAAAGUGCUUUGGGAGGUGUGACAUCAUUUGUAAAAUCGAAUGUGGCAACACCAUCAAGUAAUGCACUAUUAAAACAAUGUGAUGCAGUCAAAGUCAGUGGAAAACCAACAGAUUUGGAGGAUCUGGCUAGAAUAGCAACUGGUGUUCGGGCACAUGUUGAAGAACAAUGUUUGAAAUAUUUGGAGAUACUAUCAGACACCUUAGAAGAACCUCCUUCAUCACAGUGCUUGUCGGCCGCUUUAUCAGGCCUCGGAGCUUUAUGUUCGGCUUAUGGGGGCGCCAUCGGGUACUCCGCUGUUAAAGCUGGUUUGAUCAGAGCUCUUUUAAUUGUUUGUGUCAACUCACAUACAUACACACUAAGACAGAAUACAAAUGGUGAGGAAAAUCAACUCACGGCACCUUCUAGUAGUCUUGGAAAAGCUUUGAGAGUUUUGGCGACUUUGUGUCAAACUGAACAAAGUAUCAGGCAGUUUUGUCAGGCCGGUGGUGUGUCAGUUCUUCAGGAUAUUUUAGAGGACAAAAGAUGUGCAGAACCAGAAAGAAGAGAAGCUUGUGCUGUGUUGACCCAGAUUACAGGACCUUGGGUCACUAAUGAGACUGAAAUCAAUAAAGACAAGAACAAUAAGCACCAGAAUUGGGAUUGGAGACAAGAGUUAAAUAAACAUAAGACGCAGCUUGUACGUGCUUUAACAGAUCUACUCUCUGAGACCAAGUGCUGCCAAACUCUUCUGCUGUGUGCUGCAGCAUUGGCAAAUGCAAGUCUUCCUCGUAUGUCAACUUUUAAUGACAAUACCCAAGUGAUGUCACCUAACAGCGUGGCUGUAACAGAAAGUUUAGCCUGGUGUGAAGCAGCUACAGAAUUGCUUAAAGCCGUUAAGCGACGAGGACCAGGGUGCUCGGUAUUCUUACAGGAGCAGACAAGCUCUUUGCUCUGCAACUUGAGUGCAGUCCAAGAAUGCAGACGCAGACUCUGCCCAUCUUCCAAAAACCCAGCAAAUUCAAGUGAACCCAUAAUGGCUAUAUUUUCAUUCCUUAACACAUGCAGAAGAUUUAUAGCACCUGAAGAAUCCGCAUCCUUCAGACGUGGUGUUAUGAGAGCAUCGGAGAGAAUGGACUAUUCCAGUUCCUUGCUACAAAACAGUGUCCGUGCCAAGUCAGACCAAUCAAGAUCAAGCACAAAAUCCGAACGUCUACCAAGAACACCUGACAAUUUUUUCACCAAUUCCAGUUCCAAAACAAAUUUGGAAUUAUCAUCAUUCAAAAGUCCGGAAUCCCCCAAAUUCACACCAGCUGAAAAGGCAUCAGCAGAACGCAUGUUGAUAUCAACAACCUUGUGUUUAACCAGAUUUUGCAGAGAUCGAGAAGUUGCCAGGUUUUGCUUUAAAUUGGGAAGUCAAAGGUAUCUUUUGUUGGCUGCAGAUUUGUUGAAAAUGCAGCAGCAGAAGAAUGUGAAAGAAGUUUUGGCUGUUUGUGAAGAAACCGCCAGGAUUAUUUCGGCUUAUGGUAAUAAUGAUACUUCUUUGGUCACGGUAAAUGAAAGUUAUGUUUGAAAAGAUAAGAGACAUAAAUAGAAGUUAUUGCAUCAAGUAUACGCCUAGUUAUUACUGUUUUUCGGCGAAAUACUCCGUUCA